AUGCGUUUCUUCUCUUUCGCCCUUGUGUCCAGUCUCUUGGCUGUGACUGCCAUCGCCGGUCCCGUCGAGCUUGAGAGGCGCCAGUACUCCCCUUGUGUCCGUAAAUGCUUGGAUGAUCUCGGUAUCUUCGAUGGCAUCGCCGUUCAAGGUUGUCGCCAAGAGUGCGGCGAGUGGCCUUAG